AUGCGUUCUUUCACCCUCGCUACCUUCCUCCUGGCCGGCGCUGCCACUCUCUCCACCGCCGCCCCCAUCAACCCCAACGGCGUGGCUGCCCGCGACCCCGUCAACUCGGGCCACAUCCUCUCGUUCCUGGCCGAGGCCGGCAACGGCGACGAGAAGGGCGACAUCAGCAAGGCCGCCGUCACCUCGGUCAGGGUUGGCAAGCGUGACCCCGUCAACUCGAGCCACAUCCUCUCGUUCUUGGCCGAGGCCGGCAACGGUGAUGAGAAGGGCGACAUUUCCAAGGCUGCCGUUACGUCUGUGAGGGUUGGCAAGCGUGAGGCCGAGGCCGUCAACUCCGACCACAUCCUUUCGUUCCUGGCCGAAGCCGGCAAUGGCGACGAGAAGGGCGAUAUUAGCAAGGCUGCCGUCACCUCCGUGAGGGUCAGCAAGCGUGAGCCGGUCAACGCUGGCCACAUCCUGUCGUUCCUCUCCGCCGAGGGCAACGGUGACGAGAAGGCCAGCGGUAGCCUCGUCGACGCCAAGGUGAACGUUGGCAAGAACUAA